UUUUCUGCUAUUAGUUUGUAUCAGCAACUUUAUUACGAUUUCCAAAAUUGCAACUUUCUUCGAAAGUGCAAUGAGCAAAAAAAUUUGUGGAAAAUGAUUCAUUUUAGCAGUAAAAACUGAGUUUUGACAGCUAAAAUAGCUUAGCGCAAUGUCGCGACCAUCGCUCACAUCUGCCGAGCCCAGUUCGCCCGUGCAAAAAGUAUGGAAGCCAGAAUUGUAUAAAAUACAAUUAGAAGCGCCUACGCCCAAACCCUUCCGCCGUACUCGUCCUUUGCCUUCGAAUAAUAUCAACAAUGAACCGCAUUGUUAUGGCACAGAAUAUUAUGGUGUAAUGGGCCAUCUUGACGCAGAGCAGCUCUUGUCCAAUAAGCCAGAUGGCACAUAUCUACUGCGUCGAAGUCCAAAUGCUGUAAACUAUUUCACGUUGAGUGUGCGUUUCAAUAAUCGCACCAAGCAUUUCAAGAUUUACUACACGCGUGGUAAAGGUCAUUAUCUACAAGAGCAGUCCAAGCACUACGAUACAAUUCAUGACCUGGUAGCCGAUGGAUUAGUCAAUUUCUAUAUGCAAUUACAUGCUGCACCGAUUAUACUCCAAAUCAAUCAGCAGACCCGCCAUUGUUAUCAGCAGAGCCCCUAUAUGACGCUUAACCGGCGCAAGUUGAGAGCGCUUUCGCAUGAGCUGGGCAAAUCAAUUGUCGCUGCGAAAGUUAAUAGUGAAGCAGAACAGAAUGCAAACUCUGAGAUCAACGGCAUCACGACGAGUAAAGCUCCAACGCAGAACAAUGAAAUAUCUACAACAACAAAAGAUUCAAAUGACACAGCCGACACCAUACUGCCGCUCGUUUAUGAGAAGGCGCACACUUUCAAGGUGCACAAUUUCAAAGGACUUAAUUGGUGCGAGUUUUGCGCGAACUUCCUGUGGGGUUUCACCGCACAGGGCAUGAAAUGUGAGGCAUGUGGGUUUAUGGCACAUUUCAAGUGCGCAGAGCUGGUGCCGUCUAAAUGUGUGCCAGAUAUGAAGCGUAUACGCGGCGUAUUUGGCACCGAUUUGACGACAGUGGUGCAGCUAUACCAAAGCAGUAUACCAUUUGUGGUGCGGCGGUGUGUGGAAGAGGUCGAGGCGCGUGGCAUGCUGCAGGAAGGUAUUUAUCGUGUCUCCGGAUUUGCCGAUGAAAUAGAUGCACUCAAGUUGGCUUUAGAUCGCGAUGGUGAGAAAACUGAUAUGUCGGAGGCGGCCUAUGGCAAUGUGAAUGUAAUAGCAGGCACGUUGAAGCUCUAUUUACGCCUGCUGCCCGUGCCGCUUAUCACAUUCCAAGCGUAUCCGAGCUUUAUGCAAGCAGCAAGGAGCCCGAACACUGUCGAGCAGAUAAGAAAUAUGAAUGAAGCGGCCAAGCGCUUGCCGCCAGCUCAUUAUAGUUGCCUGAAAUUCACGGCAGAGCAUUUAAAGAGAGUUGCUUCUCAUUACGCGGCCAACAAAAUGAAUGAACACAACUUGGCCACGGUAUUUGCGCCCACAUUAAUUGCUACUCCACAGCAUAUGACAAAUUUAACGGAAGAGAUUUUCAUGCUAUCUACGCUAAUUGCAAACUGUGCAGAUAUUUUCAUUUAGUCACCGAGUUCUAUACACAGAAAAACCUUUGUAGGUCUAAUAUUAAGGGGAGGCGAAUUGAGGGAAAGUGCAACCAGUGGCUCAAAGCAGGCAAAAGCUCAGAUUUUAGACAAAAAUUAGAAAUUGAAAUAUUUCCUCUGAUAAUUUACUAAUUCGUUUUAAGCAGCAGACACGAGUGUAUGCCGUAAACACGAAUUUAUGAUGAGAAAUUAAGAAAUUAGUUGUCGAAUAUUUAAAACAAAUUUUACACAUUCUAAAAUUUCAUACAACUUUUUUUUUAUCUAAAACCAAAGUAUUUUUUACGUAGUAAUAAUAAAAAACCAACUUAUGAUAUGCAUUUACAAACAAAUGAUGCCUUGUAAUUAAAAAUGGCAAUUGUGCUAAUCGUUUUGAAUAUUAAAAAACUAUACGGUUCAUUUGCACUUGAUGGAAUAUUUUCGCAUAA